AUGUCAAAAUUCUUGCUUGAUCGAUGCUUACGCGAAUUAUCUCCAUUGACAGUUCUUAAGGAUGAUAUUCAGCAAACGGGUAAACCUCUCCUUCAGUUUAUGAUCAAGUCAGCAGCUUCCAGAAAUAUUAAAGUGCUAUUCGUUUCUUACGAGACUUUAAAAGCCAACUGCCCUUCUGAAGUCGACCAAUUCAUCUAUGCUACAAGCUGGAAUAAAAUGAAGAGCUUGAAAGAGUUGUAUGACGAGGUUGUGCAAUGGUGGAAACCAGAGCAUCAGCAUUUAAUUGUCGUUGAUGUCAUAAAUCCAAUUUUGAACAACUCUGUAUCUAGUUUCUCUAUGUUUUUUGGAUCUAUCCUGGCUUUGGGAUCUACUGCAUUCCUUACGGCCUACCACAAGGACGUAUCGUUGGAAAAUUAUCCAUCUUACCUCCCCACCUGUGAAACAUUUUUAGACUAUACAAGUACGUGCACUGUUUCAUUCACUGGAAUGCAACAUAUCAUGGUGGAACACGAUGCGAGAAUGCGAAGUCAACCAAACCCAUUGACGGAAGAAUUACAAGAUUGCACCAUUGUCAAUCUGUUAGGAUCGAAUUGUGAAACAGCUAUAGUUUGUUACGUAGAUUUUCGAAAGAAGAGCGGACGUGUUAUUAAAGAAACAUGUACUUUAAAAAAUGGGGCUCUUGAAGCCUUUACGCCUUUUGUCGGCUCUCAGAAGCAGUUAGAGCCGGAAGCACCGACGGAUCUCGAUGUUCCUUUCAAUCUUACUUUGUCAGAAAAAGAACGAAAAGAACGAGAAGGAGUGUUUCUACCUCAUUUUGGCGCCCAAGACGUCGCAAAGCCAGCUGAAUUUGGAUUCGUCGAUGGGGGUGCUAUAAUUUACCAUGCGGAUAAGGUCGACGAUUUUGACGAAGAAGAGGAUGCUGAUGAGGAUUUGUUAAUUUAA